AGGAAAAUGGUUGCGAAGCCCCUGAUUGCUGGUAUGGUGGUGCUUCUGGUGGCUCUGGUGAGCCUGCUCCUGGGCGUGUUCAUGGGCUUGGGGAAGAAAUACAUGGCCCCGCCCACCGGGUACUUCUUCUCAAGGGCUGCUGUUGCUGCUGAUGCUGGCAAGUGCUCCGAGGUUGGAAGGGACAUUCUGAAGAAGAACGGUUCGGCGGUGGAUGCUUCCAUUGCCGCCUUGCUGUGUGUUGGCCUUUUUAAUGCUCACAGUAUGGGCAUCGGAGGCGGAGUCUUCUUUGUCAUCUACAAUGCUUCCACUGGGAAGGUAGAAACUAUUGAUGCCAGGGAGACGGCACCCAAGAACGCCACUGAGGACAUGUUUGGCAACAACACCCAGCUUUCUCGUGCAGGUGGAUUGUCCAUCGCUAUCCCAGGGGAGAUUCGCGGCUACGAGAUGGCCCACAAGAGACACGGCAGACUGCCGUGGAGCGAGCUGUUUGAGCCCAGCAUCGCCUUGGCUCGCCACGGAUUUCCUAUCGGAAAAGCCUUGGCUCACGCUAUCUUUAAAAGCAAGGAUUCCAUUCGAGGAGACGCUAACCUGUGUGAAGUGUUUUGUGACUCUCACAAAAACAUUCUGAAGGAAAACGACAUUGUACGAUUCCCAAAGCUGGCAGACACGUACCAGAGGAUAGCAGACGGGGGUCCUGACGUCUUCUAUAACGGCUCAGUGGCGCACAACAUGGUGGAGGACAUCCAGGAAGCAGGUGGAAUUAUCACCUUGGAGGAUUUAUUGGAGUACCAGCCGGUGCUGAAUGAAAAUCCAUUGAAGCUCCAGGUGGGGGAAUACACCAUGCAUGUCCCAGACGCCCCCUCCAGUGGCCCGGUCCUGGCACUCAUUCUGAACAUAGUGAACGGGUACAACUUCACAGACAUGAGUGUCUCCACAGCCGAGAAGAAGACUCUCACAUAUCAUCGCAUCAUUGAGGCUUUCCGUUUCGCUUACGCCAAGAGGAGCAAACUCGGGGACCCACGUUAUCUUAAUAUUACAGACCUCAUCCAAAACAUGACAUCAGACUACUUUGGAGAAGGCAUACGGAAGAAAAUUACAGAUGACACCACUCACCCGGACAUUUACUACGAGCCGGAUUACUUUGUCCCAGACAGCCAUGGAACUGCUCAUCUGUCCGUCAUAGCUGAGGACGGCAGUGCAGUGGCUGCCACCAGCACCAUUAAUCUGUACUUUGGAUCCAAAGUCAGGUCUCGAUCAACUGGAAUAAUCUUCAACGAUGAAAUGGACGACUUCAGCUCUCCGUACAUAAUCAAUGGCUUUGGAAUCCCUCCCUCGCCUAACAACUUCAUCCAACCAGGCAAGAGGCCUUUGUCUUCCAUGACGCCGACGAUCGUCUUUGACAAAGACAAGAGGGUUAAAAUGGUUGUAGGAGCAUCAGGAGGCACCAAAAUCACCACAGCCACCGCUUUGGUUAGACCGGUUCAAGACUUCCACUCAUCUGCAUGCAUGCUGCAUUGUCACUCACUUCUGACAGUUACAUGUUCAUUGUUCUGGUGUUAGGUCAUCCUCAACUCCCUGUUUUUCAACUAUGACCUAAAGAAAGCGGUUACUGAGCCGCGAGUCCACAAUCAGCUCAAUCCAAAUCUGACGGUGGUGGAGCAGGGCUUUGAGAAGAGUGUCCUUGAAGGCCUGAUGCAGAAGAACCAUGUAACCCAGCUGCUGAAGAGUCCAGAUUCUGUGGUCCAGGUGGUGAUGCAGCAAGGAGAGCAUCUCUGUGCCGAGUCCGACCCCAGGAAAGGAGGAUAUCCGGCUGGAUACUAAACGUGCUUUCAAACUCCCACUCAGACGUGCAAAAACUAAAGGAACGACUCAGUUUUAUUACCUCGCUUGGGUAACUCUAAAUAGCAAACACGGAUGCUCUUAGAGUUAUUACCUCCGCCAGGCUUUGUAAUCCUUUGUCUUUCUGUCUGUAAGUUAGUUGGCAAAGUAGCUCGUUACUAACUUCCAGGAAAUGUCUGAAACGGGAUAGGGAACAAUUCAUUAUUGGGGCUGAUCCGGAUCAUUUCUACCGUACGUUUACAUUACACGUUUCAAAUUCUGUCUGAGUGUAUGUUAGUGGCCCCGCCUCCACCCACAGAGACAAAGAAAGUGGAUGACCGCCAAGAGGCUUCAUUCCGCUAAAGAUGGCUCAAAAAGUGGAUGGGAACAUUUUAAUGAAACUUUCCGGACGUGUCAGAAAUGGGGAAGGAAGAAGCGAUUACAUUUUGGGGCUGAUCCGGAUCGCUGUCUGAAUUCAAGGCUUUUUACUACUGGGAGGUGUGUGCUCUCCGAGUGUUUUCCUAGUUGACUUAUGUAUUCGCAGUACGU